GCAAAACUUUCGCGCAGACAAAGAUGGCGGUACGGAAGAAAGACGGCGGACCCAAUGUAAAAUAUUUCGAAGCGUCUGAUACCGUCUCGCAGUUCGACAAUGUCCGGGUUUGGCUGGGCAAGAAUUAUAAAAAGUAUAUUCAGGCAGAGCCCCCUACCAAUAAGUCUUUGUCAAGUCUUGUGGUUCAACUGCUUCAGUUUCAGGAGGAAGUGUUUGGCCGGCAUGUCAGCAACCCUCCCCUCACUAAGCUACCGAUGAAGUGUUUUUUGGAUUUCAAAUCUGGUGGAGCUCUUUGUCAUAUUCUGGCGGCAGCCUACAAGUUCAAGAGUGAUCAAGGAUGGAGGAGAUUUGACUUCCAGAACCCUUCAAGAAUGGACCGCAAUGUUGAGAUGUUCAUGACUGUAGAAAAGUCUCUGGUACAGAAUAACUGUUUUUCCCGACCUGUGAUUUACCUGAGUUCAGAGAUAGAGCCCAAGCUGCUCGGAAAACUGAAGGACAUCAUAAAACGACACCAGGGGUCUGUGACUGAGGAUAAGCUGUCCAGCACUCAUGUAGCGGUGCCUAUUCCUUCUAGUCUGGAGGAAGAAGAGUGGGUUCGUCCUGUUAUGAAGAGAGAUAAACAGAUACUGCUGCACUGGGGCUACUGGCCUGACAGUUAUGAUACAUGGAUCCCAGCCAAUGAAGUAGAGGCUGCUGUGGAGGAUCUGCCCACUGCUGAAAAACCUAGGAAGGUUCAUGCCAAGUGGAUUCUGGAUCUGGACCAGUUUAAUGAGUGGAUGAAUGAAGAAGAUUAUGAGGUGGGGGAAGGGGGACCAAGGAGGAAGAGAAUUUCAGCAAAGACUCUCACAGAUGAAGUAAGCGCUCCAGAUGAAAGGAGGGAUAAAAAAUCCAGCAGUGCCAAAAAGAGGAAACGCUCCCCAUCUCCAUCACCUACCCCUCCACCACAGGAGAGCAAGAAGAAAAACACUAAGAAAGGGCCCACUACUCCUUACACUAAGUCCAAGCGAGGACAGAGAGAGGAAGAACAGGAAGAUCUAACAAAAGAACUAGAUGAACCGUCACCUGUACCUGCAGUGGAGGAAGCGACACUACCUAAAACAGUGACUAAGAAGGACUCAGAUUCCACUCCAGUGAAAGGAGGCACUAUGACUGAUCUGGAUGAACAAGAGGAUGAGUCAAUGGAGACUGUUGGAAAGGAGGAAGAAGAGGGUUCCCCCAGUGUAAAGGGAGAGCCAGUGAAGGGUUCAGAUCUCCAUGAGGAUAAUGUCACUGAACAGACUCAUCAUAUCAUUAUCCCUAGCUAUGCUGCUUGGUUUGACUACAACAGUGUCCAUGCCAUAGAGCGCAGAGCUCUGCCUGAGUUUUUCAAUGGGAAGAACAAAUCAAAGACUCCUGAAAUUUACCUUGCUUACCGUAACUUCAUGAUCGACACUUACCGACUGAACCCACAGGAGUAUUUGACCUCCACAGCUUGCCGUAGGAACCUAGCUGGAGAUGUUUGUGCCAUAAUGAGGGUCCAUGCAUUUCUGGAGCAGUGGGGCUUGAUUAACUAUCAGGUGGAUUCAGAGAGCCGGCCCACACCCAUGGGACCUCCACCCACCUCACACUUUCAUGUGCUGGCAGACACUCCUUCAAGUCUGGUACCACUACAGCCUAAAGCAUCCCAGACUUCAUCCUCUCAGCAUAUGCUCUCAUUCCCUGACAAAGUGAAGGACAAACCAGCCGACCUGCAAAAUUUUGGGCUGAGGACAGAUGUGUACAGCAAGAAGAGCGGCCCAGCUAAAAAAAAUGCAGCCAGUGCCACUCGGGAAUGGACUGAUCAGGAGACACUACUGUUGUUGGAGGGUCUAGAGAUGUAUAAGGAUGACUGGAAUAAAGUAUCGGAGCAUGUGGGCAGCCGCACACAGGAUGAGUGCAUCCUCCAUUUCCUGCGUUUACCAAUCGAAGACCCCUACCUGGAGGAUACCUCCUCCUCCCUGGGCCCUCUGGCCUAUCAGCCCAUCCCGUUCAGUCAAGCAGGAAACCCUGUCAUGAGCACUGUGGCAUUCCUGGCCUCUGUGGUCGACCCUCGAGUGGCCUCUGCUGCAGCUAAAUCUGCCCUUGAGGAGUUCUCCCGGAUGAAGGAGGAGGUGCCGGCUGCGCUAGUGGAGGCUCAUGUGCGUCGGGUGGAGGAGGCGGCCAGAGCCAGCGGAAGGCAGGACCCUCUCUACGGCCUGGAGGGGAGCGGCAUCGCAGGCACCAGCCUUGAGGAUUCUGACAAACCCGCUGAGGAGGGCAGUGAAGAGAGUAAGAGCAGUGAGGCUCAAUCCAGCCAGGAUAAGAGAGAUAAGGUAAAGGAGAGCAAAGAUGGACCAAGCGAGGAGGAAGAGAAACAAGGAGAGAAUGUCAGGAAAGAGGAAGAGAGAGCAAGAGAAGGGGAGACAGAGAGAGAGACAGAGAAGGCAGACUCAGAAAUGGGUGACAGCGAGAAGGAGAAAGAGCGGAAGGAGGGACCAGAAGAGGGUCAGAGGGAUGGAGAGAGCGAGGGAGAGAAGAAAGCAAAGGUGGAGAGAGAUGUAGGAGAGGGAAACCUGGCCACUGCUGCUGCCUCUGCUCUCGCUGCUGCUGCUGUGAAAGCGAAGCACUUGGCUGCAGUAGAGGAGAGGAAGAUCAAGUCUCUGGUGGCUCUGCUGGUGGAGACCCAGAUGAAGAAACUGGAGAUCAAACUCAGACAUUUUGAAGAGUUGGAGACCAUCAUGGACAGAGAGAGAGAGGCGCUGGAGUAUCAGAGGCAGCAGCUUCUUGCUGAUCGUCAGUCGUUCCACAUGGAGCAGUUGAAGUAUGCGGAGAUGAGAGCCCGGCAGCAACACUUCCAGCAUAUCCAUCACCAGCACAAUAGUAACCAGCCUAGCAACCAACCAGCUAGUGUUCAAUGUGUACCCCACCAGCCUGUCCCCAAUGCCUCUGCCCCGCCCGCAACAUCAAGCCCUGCCCCCGCAAACACAUCUAAUGCCCAAAAUGAAGCUCCUCCUGCCUCUCACUGUUCUCCCCCCACCAAUGCACAGGCUGGAGCAGGGCACGAUUCCAGCACAUCACUACCUGGGGAUUCUCUCUAUCCAAAUGCCCCUGUGCCACCAACACAGUAAAGAGAAUGUGUGAUGUGUUAAGUGGAAGAGUUUUAAUGAUUCCAGAGAAGAAAAUGGAAAGAGCUCAGAAUGAAAGAUUGAAACAGUGCGAAAGAAAAAAAAGAGAUGGGAGAUAAAGGGAACGAUAUCUUCUUUUAGUCACUUUCAUCAUUUAUGGGAGAAAUGAUAUAAAUGAAUUUUGCCAGCAUCUUGAACAUGAAACAAUUCAAAAUUGAUGAAGCUAAACCCAGAUAACCUUGAAACAGACUGUCAAAGAAUCAUAAAAUAAACAAACAAAAAGAAGACCUUCGGUCAUCGGGAAGUUCUUAAAUCAAAGCCCCUGUUAAUACCCAACAAAAGCACUCCAGACCCUCAACAGCCUGCAUUUAAGUACCACAAACAAGUUUAGUCCUGAAAAGGAUUGGAGGUUUUUCAGUAGUAUCAUCGUCUCUCACCAAACCUUCAGCCAAACUACAAGAUCCAUAAAUCUGUGUACCAGGAUCCAGCAAGGUACCUGUGAUCUGCAGUCCAAAAGCACCUCAUUGCACUUCAGGUACUUAAGUUUCAAAUGGAAAUGGGGUAAAAAAAGAAAACAGAGAAAUUGCGCUUAGAAUGUUUCCCUAAUUUUAAUUUUGGAGCGGUGAAGCAUUUAAGUCAAACUUAGCCCUUACUUAAUGUUUUCUUCUAUCAGUGUUCUUUUUAUCACUCAAUCUUUGUAUUUGUUUCAUAGAAGCACUCAAUUUGGAGUAAGUCCGAAGAGAAACUUGACUUUGUAAUUGUUACUUUGUGUGUGUGUGUGUGUGUGUGUGUGUGUGUGUAUGUGUGUGUGUGUGUGUGUGAAUGUUGAUUUUGCUUUCAGGACAAUGUGAAAGCUUUAGUGGUUUGGCCUGUUUUUUUUAUGUACAAUUAGAUAUUAGCAUGAGGAAAAAAGAGGAAAACAGUAUUAAAUCUGUUUACUCUGUAUUAAGUGUCACUGACAACAUGUACUGUAAACCUGAAAAAUCAUGUCAUCAAUAAUUGAUGUUUGCAUGAUAUUUUUUGAGUAUGUGUGCUGGUAGGAUACACAUGUCUUCAUCAUACAGUGUUGCACUUCAUUUUUAACAGGUGAAAGUAGUAUUGUUCUCUAUUCCAUUGCCGUGCUUAUGAGAAUACUUAAGGGUGGACAUGUAUGGUUAAUCACCAAUGAAAAAAUGAUGGGAAACGCAGCUUUAAAGGACAACAAAACUCAAUAUGUGUCAGAUCAGCUUUAAUCAGUUCCUGCCAUUAUAGUGAGAUCAUAUCACAUAUCCCUGCUGGUCUUAGUUGGUCUCCCAGCCUGGUCAGGCUGGUCUGUUGACUGGUUUUAGAGAGGGUUUUAUGCACCACUGGUCAGGCUGGAAGAUAACCCAACUUCUCAGCGGAGCACCAGUUUUACCAAACUGGGAGACCAGCAAAGAAUCUUAGGCUGAUUUAAGCUGUUUUCAGCUUAUGUUUAUGCUAGAACUGAUGUUACUUUUCAGAUUGUUAAAGAAUGUUGUGUGUGUAUGUAUGGGAGUUUUAGUAUCAGGCCAAACCCACGGAAAGUAUUUGCUAAAUGAAGGGAAACCAUUUUUUGUUACUUGCAAUUUAAGGCAACUACCUUAUCAGUACAGACAAGGGAUUUUGACAUUACGUUUGCAGCUGUGGUCUGUGUAUCUCAUACCUUCAUAUUGUAGCCGUACUAUUUUUGUAUUUUUAUAUGUUUCUUUACACUAUUACGACUGACGUAAUACUGUUAUCAUAUUAUACAUGUUCGUAAUGUUUCCUUCUCUUUCUGAUUGUUGAUGUUCUCGUAUUAUUGAUAUGUUGAUGUGAAAGUGUCAGUCGCUUUAUAUGAUAAGGCUGGACUUCUUGUGUGUGUGGGUUGUGCAUGAUGAUGUGCCACAUUUUUUUUUUUUUUUUUUUAUAUAUAUGUUUUGUAUUUUUUAAUCUGCAUUAAAGGGAUAGUUCACAAAAAAAAAAUUAAAUUAUGAUAAUUUACUCUAUGUUGUUCCAAAACUGUAUGACUUUCUUCUGUGGAAGACAAUGCGAGAUAUUAGUCAGAAUGUUAGGGACUGACAACCUCAUUCACCAUUCACUUUCAUUGUAUGGGUAAAAAGGUUGUCAGUCCCUAACAUUCUCUUUUUGUAUUUUUGUCACAGAUCAAAUAAAGUAAAACGGGGUUGGAACGACAUGAGGGUGAGUAAAUGAUGACAUUUUAUGUUUGUGUGAACUGUCCUUUUAUGUCACCGUGUGUUUCCAGACUACAAAUACUAGUAGUGAUGAACGUAAAAUCAGAAAGCCGAAAUCCAGUUCAACAAAAACACACUCUCGCUGUGAUAGAACCUGCAGUUUACAUACAUGUGAAUUCACAAGUAUGCAGUAGUCAAACAUGCAGUAUUACUGAUUUACAUAAACCUCACAGACUCACACGCCUCAUAACCAGUGUUGAAAAUGUCAUUUGAACAAUUUGCUAAACUUUUGGAUCUUUGUCUUUUACAUUGUAGUGGUAUACCGAUAAGUAGUUUGUUAUUUUUUUAAUGGUGACUUGAGAAGCUGGUAACUGUUGCAUUGAGAUAUGUGUGAAUGCUUGUGGACAUUCAGUUUGUCCUUAUUGGUGAUGUACUAUAGCAGGAGCUGUUUAGCACCUGUUAACUUAUGUUUGACUAAGAAUGGAUCAGUUUUGGUUUCAAAAACAUUCAAAAGAUUCUGCACAAUAAAUGAAAUCAUCAGUGAAAUAAGUGUUCUCAUAUAGUAUAAUAUAAACCAAUUUUAUGUUGCUGAUUAAUAGUCAUAGUUGAAAUAAUCACCCAAAAAAUAAAAUUCAUCAUAUACUCACCAUAAUGUUACAGCUGUGUAAACAACAAUUUUUUUGUGGUGUAUGGUGAACACGUUAUGUUUGAACUUGCAAAAGUGUGAAUGAGAUUUGAGAGCUAAUACAGUGGAAGGCACUACUAUCAGUGAAUAACAACUUUGAUCAGUUUCUCACAUGAAGCAAUAGUAUGUUUUCAGAAAACUUGAAAUUUAGCACAUAAGACAAUGGGACUUUGUUUGACAGCUAGUCACCAUUUACUUCCAUUGUAAUGGCAAUAAAGUGUCGUAUGUCUAAGGAAAAUAGCAGCCUGGACAUUGUGUUCCAAAAAGAAAGUUCUGUGUCUUGAGUGACUUGAGGGUAAGGCCUGUUCACACCAAAUCUGUGAUGAUUUUCGAGACUAACUACCAACGUAAAUUCUAUUCACACUUGAGUCUGUAAAAAAUGAAACAAAACAUUAUUUCACCCCCUGUACAGUAGGCGGCGAUGUUGCUGUUAUACAAACCAGUCUCCUGCCCGCACUGUAUUUUAGAGCUACUUGGUCCACACCCUUCAGCUGUCAAUGCUAGAGAUUCAUAUAUUUAACACUGUUAAAGCAUUUAUUUACCUAAGAAGAUGAUUCAUUCACACUGCACAAAGUGUGGUAGUACAUGAUUUAGCCACUAGUUGGCAGUAUAUACUUUAGAGAAAAACAGAUAGGCCUGCCUUGAGGAGAAGGUCUGUCUGCGUCCUGCCAGACCAAGUAGGUAUUGCUGCAGCCCAGAGAUCUCCGAACAGGGGCGUAAAACUCCAAAAGAGGACAGGGUUACUCCAGAAGGGGAUUGGGUCCACUCCAAAAGGGGGCAGAAAUUCCACCCACAGUUAGGGUAGUCUCACAUAGCCAGACUAAACGGCAAGUAGUGCACGGCCUGUGGGCAGUCUUUGGGCAUGCCGUCUUAGGCUGAGACUAGGUUUAGGGUAAGGGUUAGGAUGGGCUCUGUAUGUCUAUGCUGGCGGUUUGGAGCUCACUCCCCUACAUCCUUCACUGCAAGUAGGGUUGCCACCCAUCCUGUAAAAUACAUGAUCGUCCCGUAUUUAAAGAUAAAAUGAUGUGUCCCGUAUUGAAUCAACACGGGAUGCGAUUUGUCCCGUAUUUAAGCCAGUCAGAUGGCGUCACGUUGAAAUCGUUCCAGACCGCAAAAUUAACAUUGAUAUAAGUUGGAAAAUUUGCCUAUGGUGGGUAAGGGACCGUCCGAAAAGUCCACACAUUGUGCUAAAACGUGCUAAUGCUGUGGAGGGUGUGGUAAGGGAUCGUCUGAAAAGUCCACAAAUGGUGGUAAAACUUUGGAGUUUUUUCUAUAUAAAUGUUCAAUAAGAUCAAACAAUGUAUGAAUAUAGUCAUAAAGACAAGUACAGGUGAAGGAAAAAAAAUUAUAAAAAAAAAUCUAAAAUAUGUAUAAACCAUCCAAAAUGUAUACAUAAGAUAAAGAAAACAAAUAAUCCAAAAAAUUUAAAUAAAUAUAUUUUUAACAUAUAAAUGUUUUUUUUUUUUUUUUAUUAGUCAUGGGUCAGGAAAGUUCUCAUUUUAGCAUAUAAGAAAGGAUAUAACAUUUUAAUUAAUAACGCAUAUUAACUCAACGCAUUUAUUGCUAAAACUGUGGAGGAUGUGGUUAGGGGCCGUGACCCCCCCCCCCCCCCCAUUUUAAAA